UAGGCGGGAGAAGUCAAGCGAGUCCCGGCCGGCCCAGUUUCUUAGCGUAGACCGGUUACAGGGCCUGGUCUCCUCGCGUCUGCGGGGGUGUGCCACGCCUUUGGGUUUACUUACUUACUUUUUUCUAGCGCCGUGCGACUCCAUUACACUGUCACAAUGCACUCGAGCAAAAGGAAAACUUUUCGGAGGGAAGAGAUCAACAAGACGGUGUGGGAGGUUCCGGACAAUUAUGUGUGCCUCAGGCAAAUCGGAUCAGGAGCUUACGGCUCGGUGUGCUCUGCAGUUAAUACGAUUACUAAUGAAAAGGUGGCUAUAAAGAAACUACAUCGUCCGUUCCAGUCAGAAACUUUUGCCAAGAGAGCCUACCGGGAGCUGUGUCUUUUAAAGCACAUGAAGCAUGAAAAUGUGAUUGGACUUUUAGAUGUCUUCACACCUGCCAGCCGUCUAGAUGACUUUCAUGACUUUUACCUUGUUAUGCCUUUCAUGCAUACCGAUCUGUUGAAAAUCAUGGGACUUCUCUCAGAAGAACGGAUUCAAUACCUGGUGUACCAAAUCUUGAAGGGACUCAAGUACAUCCACUCGGCAGGAAUUAUCCACAGGGAUCUGAAGCCAGGAAAUCUUGGUGUUAAUGAAGACUGUGAACUUAAGAUACUUGAUUUUGGCCUGGCAAGGCAUGCAGAUGCUCAGAUGACUGGUUAUGUAGUGACAAGAUGGUAUCGGGCUCCAGAAGUGAUUCUGAACUGGAUGCACUACACUCAAACAGUUGACAUCUGGUCUGUUGGCUGCAUCAUGGCUGAGAUGAUUAAUGGCAGGACUCUAUUUAAAGGAAAUGAUUACAUGGAUCAGCUGAGCCAAAUCAUGCGAGUGACAGGGGUUCCGGAUACAGAUUUCAUUCAGAAGUUGGAGAGUCCUGAGGCAAAAAACUAUAUCAAAUCUUUGCCAUCAUUUCCAAGAAAGGACUUUACUCAACUUUUCCCCAGGGCCAGUCCUCCUGCCGUAGACCUCCUUGAAAAGAUGCUUGUUUUGGAUGCAGAUAAGAGGUUGACUGCUUCUAAGGCUUUGGAACACCCCUACUUUGAACCCUAUAGAGACCCAGAAGAGGAAAUUGAGGCUGAACCAUAUGAUGAUAGCCGUGACAAUGCAAACUUAUCUGCAAAUGAAUGGCGAAAGCUCACAUAUUUGGAAGUGAUCAGCUUCCAACCAUUCCCCCGAAGAGAUUCUAGAAAGAGGAACUUGCCUCCUCUCUGAUGCAGCCUGGUGGAAGAUACCCACUCUACUGAGCUAUCUGGAUUUUAUUGUCUAAUUGUCCUGCAUCUGCCACAAUGUACUUGCUCUUUUUGCAGUUCAAGAACACUAUAUGGUUUGUGCCAUCUCCUUACAGACUUUGGGACAACUUUGGUAACCUCGGUAGAAAUACAGGUUAUCAAAUAUGGAGGGACUGAUGGAGUUGCUUUACACAACAAUAUUGGAUUUUGUUUGAUCUAGCACUUGGAGUUCCAGCUGUCUGGUUAAGUGUCUAAUAGACUAAGACAGAAGGCCGUGAUGUUAAUGUCUACUUAAAUGCUUUCUCUGGCCACUUUUUAAAAUACUUUUGGAAAAUUUUCUCAUUUAAAAUCCCUCAUUGUGUUGAAACGCAAUUCUUGAAUUUUACGUGAAAUAAGAAAUUUCUCGUCAUACUUUUUAUAUUAAGAUAAUGUCAGAAGAGGUCCAUAAUUGAGGUUCAGUGAGAGUCUUAACACUAAAAAGAAACAAAAUUGUGUAAGUUAGUGUCUUCUCUGUUGAUUUGCUUUCCAGUGAUUAUUGCUACACCUUACAUUGUAAAUAAGUGAAUCCUUUUCUUCUGAUCCUUAUUCACACAGGACAGGACUGAUGAGGAGGCAGUUUUAAAUUUUAAAGAGAUGAGUUGAUUAUUAUUUUUAGUGUUUAUUCUCAAUAGCUGUACUUGAAGCAACUUUUGUCAGUUUCAGUUUCAGGACAGUAUAAUCAGCAAAGUUAUUGUGGAUGUUCUUGUGGAUGAUCUAAAAAUGAGCCUUUUUAAAUCUUUUAAACUUUUUCAAACAGUACAAGGGGACACAGCAUUGUAUGUUUCAGAAGGUUCCAUAUCAAGCAAGCAUGCCUGACAAAGCAUGUUAAACAUCCAUAUUAAUCAGAUGGAUUUAAAGGGCUAUGGGCACACAGGACCAUUUUUUAAGAUGUGCCGUAGUUAAACUAUAUGUUUAACUAUCUUACGAUGUCAUUUUUAUGAACUGCAGUGCACGGUUGUGUUAUUGUAAUUAUAUUCAACUUCCUAAACUUUUUUUUUUUUUUUUUUACACAGCUGAGAGAUUCUGUAGAAAGAGCUCUAUGUAUGUAUGCAGGGGAUUCAACAGAGGUGCACUGCCUAGCUACAGCAUGCCCAUUCCCAUUUUUCAGUGCUUUUGCAUUUUAUGUGCUUCUUCUCUAUCUUGUCUUUUAAUGCCCUUUGGCAUAAUUCUAGUUUAUUUCAAAAACUGCAUGCACUACUUGGUAAGACAGUGGUGGAGAUUUUGUCAUUUUUAAUAGACCACAGAAUGGUGAAUUGUGAACAUUAUAGAAAUUAAAUCUGGAUAUUGUGGCGUCACAGAAAUCUAUGACAAAAAUGACUUUUGUUAGUGAUAAAUCUGCUCUUUUUUUUAACAUGUGCCAGAUAAUAUAUUUCCUCUAUCAAUCAAAAUUUCUUAGUGCCAUACUGAUGCCUAAUGUACUGAUUUACUGUUUCCAAAUUAAAAUUAACCUGAAGGGUGAAGGCCUGUGCUAACGCUGCUCACUCACAAGUUCAUAUCUCGGCCUUGUUGCUGUCUAUAGGAAGUGUUCUUUUAGUACUUUUUUUUUUUUUUUCUUCCACAUACCAAAGACAUACACAUUGGGUUAACUAGUACUUUGCUUUGUUUAAUUCAUUUAAUAAGGAAACAAAUUGUUAUAAAGAAAACAGCUUAGUAGAACAAAAUAUAGGAAGUAAGAGUAUACUUCAAGAACAACAAAAAAUAGUUAGAAUGUAACUUUAAUUUUGCACAUGAGUGAUUUUGGGUGUGUGCAUUAAUGUGCCUUGAGAUGGGCUGAUGUUCUCUGGAUUGUGUUUUGCCUUAUGCUUAAUGGUGCCAACAACUAUCAAUUAGCAUAAGUGUGUU